AUGAUAUCCGGUGCUAGUGCGGAUAUUGGAGGAGAGUUUACAAAUAAUCUCUUUAGUGAUCUUGCACCUAUCCUCGCGCUCUUUGGUGAGCAGGUUGCGAAGCAGUUUCUCAGUGAAUCUACGGGCUGGGCAGACAAUAUUCUUUUUGCAAUGGCCCCCUUAGGGAUUAUUACCGCCAUCGUGAGCGCAAUUAGAGUUGCAGACUUUCCAUGGCUGAGGGCUGUGAUUGGGCGAAGCAAGGAAGGCCAAGGACUAGUUGAACUAGAGUUAAUGUCCUCCAAUUCAAGGGAUGUCGGGGAGAUGUGGAAUGGUCAAGCUGUUGUGCGACUUGUUGGCGAACCAACGAUUUUUCAGUUCAUUUAUGAGUCAAAUCCUGCUGCUGAUGACCCCUAUAGGGGGAUACAUAUCUUGGAGAAAACAAACCCCUUGUUUGAGCUUGUUCAUAGAACAAACCAAUCCGGAUCUCCCUACGAAUUGCAGCGGCUCCCCAAUAACGGCACUACUUCCGUAGGGAAUCCUGACGCAUCGCCGCCGGCUCCUGAUCUUUCUUGGGAUGAAUAUUAUAGUAACGACUGGGACGAGUAUUAUACUCACGAAAACCGCUCCGGCCAAAAUCAGUCUCACCCGGAUGAGUCCCUUCUAUCACACAAUAUUUUAAUCCCACCGAAUAUCUCACUCAAUGCCAGGGGAAUACCGGUAUCAGAUAUGGAGAAGUGGGUUUGCGCAAGUCUCGGCGUCCUAGUCCAACUAGUAGUCCUCUUAUACGAAGCAGCGAUCACAUACUACUCACCGUUAAAAUCCAAGUCCAUCUUUCUUAAGGAUAGAAUAAGCGCCUCCCCCGAAGCCUUCCCUUGCACGGCCGUUGGAACGAUUGCGCUCAACCUAGGAAUGUUGAUAUGUGCACAUAUUGUUGAUCGCUCAUCAAUCGAGGAGCAUUGGAAAAUUAAGAAAAAAAAGGAAGAUAAGGACUGUAAGAUAGUAUGGAUCCAGAAAGGAGGAACGGUGAAUGAUCAGGUUUUCGAACCAUAUAUCAUUCAUGGACACGAGGGACAAAGAAAAAUCAUCACUUCACGUCGUUACGAUAUUAAACCUCCAACAUCUUUGCAGUACCUCGUCCUAGUAGCUACAGCAAUUAGUGUUGUUGGUUUUAUCUUCCAAUUUAUUGGCCUCCGUGGUAUGACUUGGUCAGCAAGUAUUGCACAGCUGGCAGCAACCUUGGUAAUGACAUUUAUCCGGUCAGUAAUCCGUAGGCGAUUGACGCGUGAACCUCAUGCGGAACCAGCAAUCAAAGAGUUUGAACUUGAAUGUAUGGGGCGUCAGAUGGUGGGAUUUUCUGAUUGGAGUAUUGUCUCAAGGUCCUAUGGCAUGACAGAUGUGUCGUGGGAUGACGGCCCCGAACCGGAGGGUGACUCUGAGGGCGACCCCGUACCGGAGGGUGAUCAUGACCCUGAGCGUGGCUCCGCACCGGCGGAGGCCUACCGUGAGCAUGCAAGGAUGCAUACACGCACACCGGAGCCUAACAGCUCGAUACAUGAUCAAGAUUCCUGCGAGAUGCUAAGGAUAUGUGGACGACUCUCGGCGCUCUCUCAGUGGCAAACACAAGGCGCCAUUUUUUCCCGCUCACUAUGUGAGGCUAUAGAGAGGACAAUGAAUAUUCUUUUCGAACCAAAUGAGUGUUCUCUUAAGCUCAAUGCAGCUAGGCUCCUGAAAUUCUCAUGGAAGGAGAUGAUAAGGAUUGGUAUAAAAGAAGAAAAGCAUUUGGGAGCUUUAACUUUCAAGCUGCAUAGAAAUGAUUUAUUCUCGAGAUGGGAAAUGAAAGAUGAUACAAAGACUGAGCUCAUGCAUGUCCUAUCUCUAUGGAUGCUGCAUGAUAAAGAAAGACAAGACAGGUUUCUACAACAGUGGAGAUCUAGAUCUCAUGAUCAUGAUGUCGAUUCAGAAUUGAACAACUUAAAUUCGAACGAUCGUAUUGUCAAGGUCAUCUGUCCGUUUAGCCCGGUUCAACAUGAGUGGAUACAGUAUUGGACAGGUCAAGGCGGGACAGAGUUGCGCAUCGGGUACCCCAAAAUCUUGCUAGAAACCGAACAUAUAUCUCCUCAUCGACUUUUGGGGUGUUCACAUGUAUUCAGAGGUUAUGAGGAAUCAAUAAUUGCCAUACUAACCAAGAAACCAAUGGCACAGAAUCUGGCAAUGGAAAUGUAUUCUCAUUUCUUUGCUAGUGCGGUACAGUUGAUUGAUAAAAUUGGGGGAAUAGGACAAGAACACAUGCAUGGAUUGAGACCUGAACAGCCAGAUAACUCGACUAUAUCUAAUGUGAUUGAAUGUAUACGUAUUAUGGGACUAGGGACUACAUUGGACGCUCUUUUAGUUGUUAUACCGCACUUGGAACUCCAUAAUCUGCUUUGGAGAUCUCACAUAGAUUUCGAAAUGCCAGCCCAGUACGCAGCCGUUGGAUUUCGUCGGGGGUUCCGAUUGAUAGGUCAAUGGAGCAAGCUUGCUCUCGAUUUAAAGGAAUUGACUCAAGAUAUGAACUACUCGCAGGACGAGCUGUUACAUAUCAGGAGAUGUUUCUUUGCCCGCGUGGAGGAGUUUAUCCAGGAGCAUCCUAGCGUGAGAGGUGAUCUUAAAAUGCUUAUAUCUUCAUCCUUCCAGGAUCAGAUUGAGCUACUGGAAGCAUCGGAGAUGGAUGCUUUAAGGAAGGUUUUGAGCGCUGUUCCGGAUCUAAGCGAUAGGGUUGCAUGGAAGGCCCUUCUGAAAACCUUUCUGAAGGAAGCCUUACUCCAAGGGCAUAGCUCGGUAGUGGAGGCCCUGAUUGACCGAGGAUUGAACACUUAUGAGGGGGCUGAAGACGUGGAUAGCGGUUUGAUUAUGGCAUCAUCACAUGGCCAUACGUUCAUAGUUAGACAACUCCUCCAUCAGCAUAUGCAGUACGAACCAAAGAGCUUCAAAAGAUUUCAAGUUCAGCAUCUGCCUCUCUCACUCCUAAAUGCUGCUUAUAAAGGGCACGUCUCCACAGUUAAGAGUAUUAUUCAAGCACUCGCGCCUCUCGAUCAGCCCUACUUUAGCGACGUUGCUCUGAUCCUUGCUGCUAGAAUGGGUUAUCAAGAUCUAGUCACCGCACUUCUUGAGAACGGAGCUGACGUCAAUCGGAAAUCCAUCAGACCCGUUUAUAACGAUGAAUGGAAGUACUUGGUGAAACGUGACAGGUCUUUUGAGUUGAAAACACUAGAGUUUAGUGACAAUAACUCGGUUGCAAAUGAGCUGAAGUUGAAUAAAGCACUUCAGUAUGGCCCAGGAGUGGGAUAUGAGAAAACUAUAUCGCAUCUGAUUUCUGAAGGCGACUGGCAGACGGCAUCAAAAGUAAUAAUAAGACGAACACCGUUACAGGCAGCUGCAGAAGGGGGUCAUCUGGUGAUUGUAAAUCACUUGAGGGAAAAAGGGGCAGACAUCGAGACCGCGGUGUCAGGACGACAUGAGGUUACUGCCCUACAAGCUGCAGCAGCAGGUGGCCACGUUCCUGUGGUUGAAACCUUAUUAGAUUGGGGGGCCUACCCCGAUGCUGAGCCAUUUUGGUUUGGCGGAAGAUCAGCACUCCAAGCGUCAGCGGAACAAGGUGACCAAAAGCUGGUUGAUCUCCUUUUAAAGCGAGGGGCCAAGCUCGAGAAAGACCUACCAGCAAGGUAUUUUGGGCGAACGGUACUGCAGGCGGCGACUGAAAAGCGGCAUCAGCACCUUGUUAAAUACCUAUUGGCAGUAGGGGCAGACGUAUGUAUGAGCAAAGAGCAACACACGCCAUGCCUGGGAGGACGAACAGCUUUGCAACUUGCUGCCUCCAAUGGUGAUAUAGAACUUGUCAAUCUCUUUCUGGAAAAGGGGGCCGGUAUCGGUGAGAGACAAGCUAGACUCGCGGGAAGGACUGCGUUACAAGCCGCGGCAGAAAACGGACACCGCAAUAUUGUGAAAAGAUUGGUUAGAUACGAUAAAUCGAUGAUUGAUACUGGUCCCUCAGAAAGCUACGGGCGAACCGCUUUGCAGGCGGCUGCGGAAGGCGGCCACCAUGCUGUGGUUGAAUUCUUGUUGAAAGAGGGUGUACAGAACCCCUUCUCUCCUGGCUCCAAGUACUACGGACGAACCGCACUACAGGCAGCGGCGGGGGGUGGUAAUCUUGAGAUUAUAAAUAUAUUAGUAAAGCUUAGGCCGCCGAGGACUCUCUCUCCGGACGAGAUUAUGUCUGGAGUGGCAAACCAUGGGGGAAGAAAUGCGAUACAAGCGGCAACAGAAGGAGGGCAUCUAGAGGUUGUGAAACAAUUGUUACAGUUUGCAGGUGGAAAACCUUUACCAGCUACGAUUGAAAGGCCGUUACCAACUUCGGGCGAUCGGAUUUAUGCAAUAGAGGCGGCAGCCGCUAUCGGUCAUGAAGAUUUGUGUAAACUCUUGACCGGCGUUGAGUUGAGCAUAGACCCUUAUUCCCACCCGGAAAAUGAACCGUACACACGCGCUUGCCAAGCUGCAUCCAAGGCAGGGCAUCUGCACAUAUACAAACUUUUCAGAGGCCAGGAUUUAGAGGCCCUAAACGCUGCGAGUGUGCUGACGUUCGCGGCUUCAAACGCUCACGAUGAGAUUGUCAAGCUAUGUCUCGAAGAUAGAAGUUGGCCGCAAGCUAAAAUGAGUGAAGCUUUGUGUUAUGCAUCAAAAAAGGGGUUCUUUACCAUUGGUGGACUUGAUUUUGUCUAA